AUGUUCGUCUCUACAGCCCUUGGCCUGACGCUCCUUGCUCGGGUGGUCGCUGCUUCAUCGCAGACCUGUGACUACCUCAAGGCCAACACCAAGCUCCUGGUCGAGACGGACCGGUUCGCCAUUCCCAAGGCCCCCUACUCCGCCGAGCUGGACGAGUACUGGUCCAAGGCAUCUGCUGACCUUAAACCAUCCUGCGUUGUGUACCCGACCUCGGCUGAGGAGGCCAGCCAGGCCAUUCGCGCCCUGAGCAUCGACGGCAACAACGAAACCUUUGCUAUAAAGAGUGGUGGACUCAGCGCCAAUGACGGUUUCAACAGUGUCAAGGACGGCCCUCUGAUUUCCACUCGUCGCCUCACCGGUGUUCGCUACGAUGCCGAUAAGGGCCUCGUCCGUGUAGCACCUGGCAACCGGUGGACGGAUGUGCAGAAGCAGCUGGAUCCCUUUAAUGUCACUGUUGCUGGCGCUAGGGUUGGCGAGGUUGGCGUGGGUGGCUACAUGUCUGGGGGUGGUUUCUCAUUCCACAGCCCACGCUAUGGUUGGGGAGUCAACUCACUCGCCGGUGUGGAGAUUGUCCUUGCCAACGGAACUAUCGUCACGGCCUCCAAGAUGGAGCACGCCGAUCUUUUCGCAGCUGUCAAGGGCGGCACCAACAACUUUGGCCUGGUGACUGCGUACAUUAUGGAAGCCAUCCCGAUCGGCCAGGUCUGGGGUGGCCUCAUGGCUUUCACCGGUGGUGAUGACAAGGCCGACAAGAUGAUGGCUGCCAUUGCAAAGUUCACCAACGACUUCCCUAACCACCCCAAGGCCGGCAUCAUCCCUACGGUGCAGCUCGUCUUGUCAGGCCUAAUCGAGCUCUGGGUGGUGUUCUUCUUUUAUGACGGUCCUACCGUCCCCGCCGGUGUCUUCGACGACUUCAUGGCUCUGAGCCCAUUGCUCAACACCUGCAAAACGCAAAACUUUGCCGAUCUUCUGGCUGGCAACUCUGCCAUUGUUCUACGCGGUACCCGUUACAAGGUUGCCACUGAGACGGCGAUCCUGCCUGACAAUGCCCAGGACUCGGCCAAGGUGAUGCGCGCUUAUUAUGACCACUGGGCCGCCACUUCCCGCGACUACAAGGGCGCAUUUGGCCUCACGUCAUCCAUGGCCAUCCAGUCGGUGCCGAAAGCCAUGGCCGCUGCUGCCCGCGCGCGAGGUGGUGAUCUGAUCGAUAUGGACGACGACGUCAACCGCCUGAUUUACGAGUACGAUCUGUCCUACCUGCUGGCUUGGGACGAUGAUCUGGUUCACCGCGCCGCCAUGGACAUGACCGCUGGCAUGAAGAAGCUCGUGGACGGCUUCGUCGCCGACGGCACCACUCCAGAUGCUUUCCGCCCCUUGUUCGCGAACGACGUUUACCGUGGCCAGGACUACUUUAGCCGUCUGCGGCCCGAGAAGCGCGAGCUUGCUGCCAAAGUCAGCCGAGAAGUUGACCCAGCAGGAUUGUUCCGCACAAGAACCGGUGGAUGGAAGCCGUGA